AUCCUGCUAGGCCUGCAGACAUCUGCUGAGUGGCCCGCCCUCCCGGGGCUCCGUGUCCCCUCCGCUGCCGCCGGCGCUUCCUCGAUGUUCCAGCUGCCUAUCUUGAAUUUCAGCCCCCAGCAAGUGGCCGGGGUAUGCGAGACCCUGGAGGAGAGUGGCGAUGUGGAGCGGCUGGGUCGCUUCCUGUGGUCGCUGCCUGUGGCCCCUGCGGCCUGCGAGGCCCUCAACAAGAAUGAGUCGGUGCUGCGCGCACGAGCCAUCGUGGCCUUCCACGGCGGCAACUACCGCGAGCUCUACCACAUCCUCGAAAACCACAAGUUUACCAAGGAGUCGCACGCCAAGCUGCAGGCGUUGUGGCUAGAGGCGCACUACCAGGAGGCUGAGAAGCUCCGUGGACGGCCCUUGGGGCCCGUGGACAAGUACCGCGUGAGGAAGAAGUUCCCUCUGCCCCGUACCAUUUGGGACGGCGAACAGAAGACGCAUUGCUUCAAGGAGCGCACUCGGCACCUGCUCCGAGAGUGGUACCUGCAGGACCCCUACCCCAACCCCAGCAAAAAGCGGGAGCUCGCCCAGGCCACCGGACUCACCCCCACACAGGUGGGCAACUGGUUCAAAAAUCGCCGACAAAGGGAUCGAGCGGCCGCAGCUAAGAACAGACUCCAGCAGCAGGUUUUGUCGCAGGGCUCCGGGCGGGCGCCGCGGGCCGAGGGCGAGGGCGCGCCAGAGGUGUUGGGCGGUGCCGCCAGCCCCGCUGCCAGUCUAUCCAGCAAGGCGGCCACUUCGGCCAUCUCCAUCACGUCCAGCGACAGUGAAUGUGACAUCUGAGUUGCCCACCCAUCACACUCAGAAAACAGAAUCCAGUGAAAAGUGAUAAGCAAAAUACAGAAAGGAGAAAGGGCGAGAGAACAACAA